UGGCAGGCAGAGUUGUGUAAGUGUAGAGAUAUCGCUGAAGUAAAGAACAGGAAGAGAGCAGCGUCUUCGAAUACACUUAUUGGAUCUGCAAACUUCCUCUCCUGUCCUCAACCGAAGGUUCCUCUCAUGGGCACAGCGAAGGCUAAGUCUGGGCCCUUGGCUCGGAGGCCAGACAACUCUGCUUUCAAACAGCAGAGGCUCCCUGCCUGGUCUCCCAUGCUAACAGCUAACACUGUGCUGCCAUUCUUCUAUUUUAUGGCUUUGAUAUGUAUGCUGCUGGGAGUGUGGCUUCUUCUUACUGUGCAGACCAUACAGGAAAUAAAGCUGGACUACACAGAGGCCGGGUCGUGUAAUGAAUGCUUUGAAAUGCGUAAAAAUGUGAGCAACGCAGAAAAGAGCUGCACUUGCACAGUGAUGUUCAACGUUGAGAAAGCCUUCAAGGGAGAUGUCUUUUUCUAUUAUGGCCUCCAAAACUUCCACCAGAACCUCCGCAGAUACAUGGACUCCAGAGAUGAUGGACAGAUGGUUGGCAGGACACAAAACUUAAAGGACCCCAGCACAUACUGCAAGCCAUUUAUUACAGGCAAAGAUGGACUUCCCAUUGCUCCCUGUGGUGCUGUGGCCAACAGUAUCUUCAAUGAUUCCUUCAAGUUCACGUACCAUGGGAUGUAUGCGGUCCCUCUGUUACGGAGCGGUAUCACCUGGUACACUGACAAAAACAUCAAGUACCGGAACCCAACAGUUGACAACUUGACACUGACUGAGGUGUUUCAAGGGACAACACAGCCACCGUACUGGAAUAAACCUGUGUACGAGCUUGACCCCCUCGAGCCGACCAACAACGGCUUCAUCAAUGAUGACCUGAUCAUUUGGAUGAGGGAAGCAGCCUUCCCCAAUUUCAAAAAGCUCUAUGGGGUUUUAUACAGAGCAAACACGCCAUUCACUGAGGGGCUACCAGAAGGGCAAUACAGCAUCGACAUAACCUACAACUUCCCCGUGCAGUACUUCCAAGGCAGAAAGGAAGUGGUGCUGACCACACUGACUUGGUUCGGAGGUCAGAACCAUUUCCUUCCCAUUGCUUACCUAGUAACCAGCAGCCUGCUCCUACUGAUAGCCGUCACCCUCACCACGGUUUGGUGGAAGUUCGGAAAGGAUGGAAAGAAUAUGGAGGAAUGAAGGGUGAGGAAGUGGUGCAGAGGAGUGAAAGGGUGGAAAACUCAAAAGCAGCUGAAAAUUGUGCAGCUUAGGAGAGAUGACAAGAACAUUGAAUGAAGAUGUAAGUAAAUGCAGGAUAAGGAGAAUGGGUUAAAAAUAAUGUUAAUUUGGUAAAUUCUGUGUGUCAAAAAUCAGUCAUGAUCAAAUAACCUGUGUGAUGGCUUUUAGUGUGAUGUUGUUGCUCGCAUGCCUAGUUGUGUUGGUGUUAAUAUUCCAUUAUACUUGAUAAAUGUUUGCAUUCUUAAACAUACAUCAUUUUGUUUAUAGACAAAAAAUGUCAUUAAUAAUUACUGGUAUCCAGUCACAAUAGUGUUGAGGCUGUUUUUUCGUGUGGCAGAACUACACUACACAAAUGUUAAACGGUGCAUGUUUGUAGAAGGUUUCCAAUUACAGCAAUGAGAUUAGCAACUGCAGCCAGCACUGGCUCAACAUUGUUCUUACAUGCUUAUACAUGAUAAAUAAAGUAGAAGUAGUAUGAAAUAGAUUCACUAUAUCUUAAAUCAGUAGUCAGGUGUCUAUAUGAACAUUGAAACAGGUUUAAUCGUUCCUCCUGUUUAUACUAGACAUUAAAAGAUUCCCUCUAAAUGCACUUACAGUUUAGGUGAUGGGGGCCAAACACAGCCAUUGUUAUGAGCAAAAAUCUACUGAAAAGUUUAAUUGAAACUAAUUUAAGGCUACAGCCAUCCAAAUUAGACAAUUAUCAAGAGGAUAUCUUCCAAAGUUAGGACAUUUUGUAAGAAAAAAUAGUUUCCCUGGACAGUGAGUCCAUGCUGAGCUGCUGCAGAGGAAGAAUAACAAAAACACUAACUUUGGAAGAUAUCCACUGGAUUAAGCUAAUUAGAUUGCUGCAGUAUCAUUAAACCUUUGAGUACAGUUUUGCGAGGAAGAAGGAAUGAUCAUAGCAAGUAAAAUCUGUUUCAGUGGAUAUAUGGGCACCUCAUAAUUGUUUUAAGACAGACGUGAAAAAUUGUGAACCUGUCUUUAGAAUUGAUACUAAUAGAUUAGUGAUGGUGGAUUAUAGCAGAGGAGAGGAGGGUGUUUAGAUUAGUUUCUUUCCUAUCAAGGUUAAAAAAAAGUUUUUUUUAAAAACUAUUUAAUUGCAAAUUACUGUAGUUUCUGUGUGAUUGUGAAGUCAAAUGUAAAAAGAUAACACAUAGAUGUAAUAGAUACAUAGAAAGCCAUCAGUUAUUGUUUAUGUUGUGGGUUUUCAGUAAAUGUGUUCUUUUGACGACAGCUGGUGAUUGUAAUAAAGCAUUUUCUUUUAAAAAUUCUUUAUUUCUCUAUGUACAAUCAGUGAGAGCCACAUCAACAGCUCCUCUGUGAGCAGGGAGCACCAAAAACUAUGCAUGUAGAUUGCCUUGGUUAUCGAGUGCAGCUGUGUGAACAACACAGCAAACCCUCCUCCAGGCUCCAGGUUGCUGUUCUCUAAAGUUGUAAAGCAGCUCAUUCCAUUUUUCUCCUCCAUCUGCACUCCUGCCGCCAAGUGUUUGGUCACAUCUGUACCACAGGAGGAGGACAAGAGAGGAAUGCAGUCUACUGUGGACUUUUUAAUUACCACCGGUGCUACAGACAAACAUGUCCUACAACCACUAUAAGCCAUAUGAUAACCAGUCCAAAAAGAACACAGACACAAGGAAGUAACAAGUCACACCCAAUUACGACAGAUCGAACACCCAUUUCAACACGAGACAGACACGAUGCAAGAAAAAUGUUUAAAAAUUUCAGGACAAACAUACAGGAAACUCAGACACCAGAGGGUGUUACUACGAAACUAUCAGUUUCUAACAAAUUAUCCCAUUUUUCUCUGUACCUUUUUCCUAGGACACAUCGCCCACUAAGCUUUUAAAAAUGAUGCAUUACUUACAUUAAGACUGUUUGUUUUAACGUGUAUUUGGCUAAACUUUUGAUGUUGGCACCAUCGUGAACAUUGGAUCUGCUGUAAAUCAACAUUGCGUCAACAGAGAAGGCAACAUUUGGUCUUCAGUACUACAAGAAGUUUUCUCUUUGGAUCGAUCCUCCCGAUCAGCCUAUUCAAGUUCACACACACAACAAACGGGAUU